AUGUCGUCCCAUCGCUUACGCGCGCUCCCCUCCUGUUCUGUCGCCCUCUCUCUCGCCCCUCCCUUCCCAUCGCGCUCUCUCUAUCCGCGCCCUUCCCGUCGCCUCCCUUCCCAUCGCGCUCUCUCUCUCCGCUCCCUUCCCGUCGCCCUCUCUCUCCCCCCUCCCUUCCCGUCGCGCUCUCUCUCUCUCCGCUCCCUUCCCGUCGCUCUCUCUCUCGCCCCUCCCUUCCCGUCGUGCUCUUUCUCUCCGCGCCCUUCCCGUCGCCCUCUCUCCCAUCGCCCUCUCUCCCAUCGCCCUCGCUCUCUCCUUCGUUCUGUCCCGUCGCCCUCUCUCCCAUCGCCCUCUCUCCCAUCGCCCUCGCUCUCUCCUUCGCUCUGUCCCGUCGCCCUCUCUCCCAUCGCCCUCUCUCCCGUCGCCCUCUCUCCCGCUUCCCUCCUCUCCCGUCGCCCUCUCUCCCGCUUCCCUCCUCUCCCGUCGCCCUCUCUCCCAUCGCCCUCUCUCCCGUCGCCCUCUCUCCCGUCGCCCCCUCUCCCGUCGCCCUCUCUCCCGUCGCCCUCUCUCUCUCAAGUCGUCGUCGCUCUCUCACGUCGCCCUCGCUCUCUCACGUCGCCCUCGCUCUCUCACGUCGCCCUCGCUCUCUCACGUCGCCCCGCGAAAUUCCCUGCUGUUUUCUUAUUAUAA